AUGGCUUCAAAGUACGCCAGAGAUAUGCCUGCCGGCUUUACUAACCGCAUUGAGCGGGUUGCUAUCGUCGGGGCGAGCGGCCAAAUGGGCGAGCACAUUGCCCAAGCCCUCGUCAAGAGCGGCAAGCACAACGUCACCGCCCUGACGCGUCACGGCAGCAAGAACGAAGUCCCGUCCGGCGUCAAGGCGAUCCCCGUUGACUAUAGCGACGAGUCGACCCUUGUCGCCGCCCUAAAAGGUCAGCAAUUCCUCGUCAUCACCCUCGCCGCCAUGGCUCCGCCAGACGUCCAUUCCCAGAUCGUUCAGGCGGCCGCCAAAGCCGGAGUCCCGCACAUCAUGCCCAACCUCUUCGGCCUGGACUACUCCAACGAAGCUCUAAUCAAGGAAACUCUGCUGAGCACCGACUUCAAGAGCAUGCUCCCCGAGAUCGAGGGCGCCGGCUGCUCCUGGACCUCCGUGAUCUGCAGCUUGUGGUACGAGUACAGUCUUGCCAUGGGCCCCAUCUGGUUCGGGUUUGACUUUGCCAACAAGAAGCUCACUUUGUACGACGAUGGCACGACCAAGAUCAAUCUCACCACGUGGGAGCAGUGCGCGCGCGCCGUUGCCGCUCUAUUGAGCUUAAAGGAGCUGCCCGAGGAUGCGAAUGACAAGAGCCUGACGGUGAACACAUGGCGCAACAAGCCGCUCGUCAUCUCCAGCUUCUUGGUCAGUCAGAGGGACAUUUUCGAGAGCUGGAAGCGCGUCUCUGGUGAUAAGGACUCGGACUGGACGAUCGAAAAGGAGCACAGCAAGGAGCGCUAUCAGAAGGGCAUAGAGGCGAUGAAGAGCGCACAGGACCCCAUGUCUACGCGCAUGGGCGCGGCGAUGGCCUCGUUCGUCAGGGCUUUUUUCCCCAACGGUGGGGGCGAUUAUGAGAGCACCCGCGGUCUUGACAAUGCGAAGCUUGGACUGCCUAAAGAAGACUUCGAUGAGCGGACUGCUGUCGCCAAGGGAAUGGUGGAGCAAGGUUACGCGGCCAAGGUGUUUGCUAAGGCCACCUCGGGGUCUUAA